GUUAUCUGAGGGAUGAACGUGAAAGUAUGUUUUUAACUUUAUUAUAUUUGCUAGAGAUAAAAUAGGUGAAAAUUCUGAAUUUUCGAUAACGCUUUUUUGUAUAUGAGGUUAUUGAUAAGUAGGUAGUAUUUAGAAAUGAUCCAUUUUUUAGUUCACGUUCCACUUUCACUUUUACUUUGUCCCAAAUUCCCAUAUUUUGCUUUGUGUGGUACCCUUGUUUAUGCAUAGUUUUGAGGUUAUAUUUGAUUAUUCAGUUGAAAUAAAUGAAAUAGUAAUCAAAUGCUUUCCUUUUGUAAAUAAAUUAUCAGUGGGUCACUUACUCCUUACUAUGCAUAAACUCAAAUCGUCGCAAAGAGAGAAAGUGAAAAAAUUCAUAUCUUUCACCCAAACAGGGGAAAACACAGCCAUAUAUUGCCUUACGCAAAACGACUGGAAACUAGACCUGGCCAGUGACAAUUACUUCCAAAACCCUGAUGCAUAUUACAAAGAACCAAGAAGCGUGGAUAAAAAGAAACUGGAGUCCCUAUACAAUAGGUACAAAGAUCCCAGUGAACCUGAAAAAAUAACAGUAGAUGGCAUAAUGAAAUUCCUAGAUGACUUAGGUCUUCCACCUGAAUCUAAGCUUGUACUCAUCAUUGCAUGGAAGUUCAAAGCUGCAACUCAGUGUGAGUUCACAAGGGAGGAAUUCAUAAAUGGAAUGACAGAUUUAGGUUGUGAUAAUGUUGAUAAAUUGAAAGCUAGGUUACCAGCUUUAGAAAAUGAGUUGAGGGAUAGUUAUAAGUUCAAAGAUUUCUACCAAUUCACUUUCAAUUAUGCCAAGAAUCCUGGACAGAAGGGUUUGGAUUUAGAUAUGGCAAUAGCUUAUUGGAAUAUUGUACUCAAGGGCAAAUUCAAAUUUCUGGAUCUGUGGGUCACAUUUUUACAGGAAAACCACAAGAGGUCCAUACCGAAAGAUACGUGGAACCUGCUGCUGGACUUCGCACAGCAAAUAGCAGAAGAUAUGAGCAACUACGACGAAGAGGGAGCUUGGCCCGUGCUGAUCGACGAUUUCGUCGAAUGGGCCUCCAACAGGGCGAAGGAGAACCAGCCUCACAGCACCAGCCAGCUUGAUUAA